GCUUGCAGCUGGCUCCAGGUACCUCCUGUCCUGCCUGGUUUUACCCUUGGCUGGGAGAGAUGGAGAUCAACAGGCGCCAGCAUCCUCCAGAGACACCCAGGAGCCCUGGCCCUGUGUCGUGUCCAUCACCUGCUGAGCCUGUUGGAGGUGAGGAGGGGAAGGGAAGGGCAGGCAGGCUGCUGAGUUGUGCCUGCUUGCAGGAGGCUCCAGCUGGGGCAGGAGGUGGUGGUGUCCCUCCCUGCCACGGGUGACAGCUCCCUCCUGCUGGCCAGCUUCUCAGCCCUCGAGCUCAGUCUCUGCAGAUUAACCUUUUGCCCCAUUCCUCCUGCAGGGCUUCCUCCUGCCUGGGAGGUUUUGGGCUCCAGGCAGGUUGGGGUGAGUGAAGAUGAGGCUGUGGAGGUGAUGAGGGGCUGGAGGACAGGAGGGGAGCAGUCAGAGCAGCAGGUCUGUGCAGCCUGGGAGAGGGAAAGGGGUGUCACCGCUGUCGGCAGCUGCCUGGUGGGGCUUUGGAGAGAAGCCAGAGACGGGCUCUCCUGGGAAGUGCCCAGGAACAGGAUAAGAGGCAGCGGCACAAGAUGCAUCAAGGGAAAUUCCAAUUAGAUAUUAGGAAAAAUAUUUCGCCACAAGGGCAGUUGAACUCUGGAGCAGGGCCCAGAGAAGGGGGAGCAAUCUCCAAAUUCGGAGAGCCUCAGCCCUCGGCAGGGACAGGCCCCGAGUGACUUGCUUGAGGUUGGCCCUGGUCCAAGCAGGAUUGGACCAUGAGAUCCCUUCCUACCUGCAUCGCUGCCUGGUCCUGCAGCCCUCGGGGCACCUAGCAGUGUAACAGCUCACGGUCUGUUGGGCUGACGUGGUUGUAGGUGCACAGAGGGCUUGGAGGUUUGUUUGUCCAUCCCCUGGCCGUGGCACAGCAAACACCAGCCCUUCUCCUGGCUUGGUUCACUUCAGCCAUGCGGUACCUGCAGUGCUGGGAACAGAGGUGCUGCAGCAUUGCCCAGCUCAUUGCUUUACCCCUACCUAUCCCAGCUGGAGCACCCUUCUCCCCAGAGCACCAUGCUAUUCCCUCCCUGCUCAAGCAUUAAAGGCCAAUCUCUGAUACCACAGCAGUAAAGCACAGGGUGAUAAACCACCCACCCUUUUCCUCUGGGAGCAUGGAGCUGUGGUCUGCAGGGGGAUGCUCGUGCUUUCGGGGCCUGGAGUGGAUGCCAGCCCCCAGCUCCACAGCUGGAGGGGCUCCGGGGUUAUCUUCCCCGUGGUGCCUGUCCCAGGCCCAGAGACGGUGACAACUGGAGGGGGAAGUCACCAGUAGUCCUUUUAAAGGCUCCAGCUGCCUGACCAUCCCAAGCAGAUAGGGAGCAGAUGGAGGCUGAGAUGAGCCCAAAGGACUGUCUGGAAAGAAUUACUUGCUCCCAGUAUUUUCUGUUUCUUUGCCAGCCUUUUAUUCUCAUGGCUGCUCUUUUCCUGAUCCUGUCCUUCUGCGAGGCUGGCUGCUGGCAGCUUCAUCAGCCUUGUCUCCAGAAACAGCUUCGCUCUGAGAUUUAUUGAGUCUCCUAGCUUUGACCCUGGUGUCUGAUGCUCCAGAAGCCUGAGUCCCGCGUGCAAGUGCCAAAAGGGUUUUUAGUGCUUUCCCUGUCCUGUCUGCAAGAGUAACAGAGCAAAGGGGGCUGCGUGUAGCGUGGGCAGAGCUGACCUGCAGCAACAGCUACAUGUGCCUCCCCAUCUGGCAGAGGAUGCCCCUGGCAUUUAGGCUCCCCAGACACUUUCAUGUGGGUUUUCAAGGUCUAGGACAUUCCCAUGAGCCCGUGUUUGUCCCCAGCUCCCUUCUUAAGUUGCUCAUCUCAGCCUUUCCCUUGGGCUCGUUGCUGCUGGGCUGUGACUCAGUGCGAGCGCUGCGCGCUCCCUUCCCCUGGCCGCCUCUCCGUGCCAUCCGCUUGUUGCUCAACCCUGCUCUGGGUCCUGUUGCGUUACUUGGAUGUCCCUGUUACAACACUCAUGCAUCGAGAGCAGUGGCGUCCGCUGAUCUGAGCCAACAGGCCCCUGAAAUCUCUUCCCAGCUGCGUGGGUAAGUCACUGCGUGGCCGGGGACUCGCUGGUGCCUGGUGGUCCGUGGAGAGCUCUCGGCUCCUUCGUGGGCUCCCUAUGAACAUCAUAUAUGGGGGGAUGUCUGUGUCCCCUGUGACAUAGCUGCCACCAGGGUUGGUGUUUUGGACCUGCUGGUGAUGGUUAAGCUGCUCUCUGAGAUCUCUGAGCUGUAGCAGCACAGCAAGCCACAGACUGCAGCAGCAGCAAGCAGAGCUUGCUUAGGGGGGUCUUCGUGUUGUAGGGACAGAUGUGGGAACUCAUGUCUUGUGCAGGAGGCUUGUCUGACGUGGCUGUAUCUUGAACCCAUCCCUGUCUGCUGUCACCCCAGUGAUGAUGCAGGAUGCUGAUAUGCAGGCGCCCCAGUGCUGUGUGGUCCCUGCAGGCUGCACCUGCCAGUGUGCUGGUGCUAGCCCCUGGGUAGGUCCUCUGCCACCAAAACAUGGGCCUUGGCAUCCGCAAUGCUGCCAUCUCCAUCCAACACCUCCAUCCCGAGACCAUCCCCACUGCAUGCAGCUGCAGGAUGCACUGGAGGUUUGGGGCUGUGGACCAAGGGGCUUGGGGGUUCCAUGGGGUGAAGCAGGAGUUGGUGCUGCCCCACUGGCUUGAGUAUGCCUGGAAGCAGGCAUCCCAGGCCCUCUUGUUGUGCUUCAAAGAGGCUUGUGAACUCGUGUGUUUGCUUGGGCAAAAGUGGGAGUGUUCAGAUGACAACUGCGGCACCCUUUUCCUAAUGCCAGCAGAGAGUUUCUCUCUUAUCUUUAGUGCUUGCUAGAAGAAGAGAUUUUUGCCUUUCCCUGACAAGACACAGGACGUUGAAUUCAUGGUGGAAAUGCCCCUUCCUCGCAGCAGCCCUCCUGGACGCAUUCAGUUCUUUACAGUCAAACACCUCCAAAGCCUCACCCCGAACUUAUUCCCAGCUUGUGUCACUGCGCUGGCCUUCACAGCCUUGAGACUUCCUAAAUCGCAGCUGGAAAGGGACGAGUUAGGUGGGGGUGCAGGUGGUAUCUCCUCCUCCUGUGCCACGUAGACGUCUAGCACGGGGAGUGGAAGAGAUGCUGGAUGUCCCUGCAGCUGCUGCCGCCUUAUCUGCAGGCUGCAGCUUCGUGACGCCGAGCCGGGUGCCGGUGCCCAAGCACCUCCCUUGGAGGGCUCUUACAGUAAAAGGAAGUGUAUCGCAAGAGGGGUUGCGGCGAGCAGGGACGCUUCCCACGGGGUCAGCGCUGCGUGCACAAUCCUUUCUGCCCUCCUCACCGCAGGCACUUCACCUGCUCCAUCUUCCAAUCUGUAGCUUUGACACCUGUGCCCAGAGUUGCUCUGGGUAAUGCAGCAUCUCUGUGACUUUCUGCAACGUGGUGAGCAGCAGGGCAGCUUGCAAAGCCUCAGCCCCCAGCCCCAGAGCACCCUGCCAGGGGCUCACGCAGCACCGAGGAGCCCUCUCAGGUCAUGCUGCCCUGCGAAAGGGAGCGGACAGGAUGGGAGUUAACAUGGCCAGGCGUGCCGUGGAAGUCAUGGUGCAGAUCUGCCCCAGGAUGGAGGAGGGAAGCAGCUACCUGUGGCAUCAAAGCAGCAGUGCUGGUGGAUCGUGACCACAACAGAGCUGUGUUGCAUCUGCAAAUCUACUUCACACAUCAAGGGUGCCUCUGAGCAGAGCUACUGUGGAGACUGAAGAGCUGGAGAGGACGGCGCAGAGGUUCGGAGGCACACCGUGAUGGUGGGAGCCAUUCCACGGCAGCCACGCCGCUUCUGGGGGGUGCCUGGCUGGCAGGUGUCUUCAGCGAGCUGUGCCAACGACAGCCCACGGCGGGACGGGGAGGUUGAUCCGGAGCACGGUGGGGUUCUGCUGCAGAGGGAUGCUGCGCUGCAGCACACCCCGUAACGGGGGGCUCACUUGGACGUCCUGAGGGAGAGGGUCCAGCUCCUGCCUCUGCCCUCCCACCAUCACCUGUGGCACUUUACAGUCCCCCUCCUGCUGCUGCAUGGGCUGUCCUGGCUCCAGCUCCUUGUGGGGCCCAGCCAAGUGAGGCUCCAUGCGGCACAUCCACGCGGAGACGUCCCUGCCCCCGGAGCCCAGCGCAGACUCCGGCCUGCCCCGACCCAGCGGAGAGGCGGCCUUGGAGCCUUCCUCGCAGCGCUGCACCCACCGCGGCAUCCUCAUGGGCUACAACGAGACGGAGAUCAAGCGCCAGAAGGUUUACCAGGUCUCCAUCUUCUCCCAUCUCUCCAGCUCCAACGAGAGCACGGAGCAGCGGGCAGGCAGCCGGCCGGCUGUCAAGAGGGGCUACCCCGAGCAGCGAACUCCGGAGGGGGUGCGGGAUCCCAAACGAACUCACUGGGGUGGCGGGGGGGUGGACGGCAAGUGCGACAGGGGCCCCGGGCCGGCUGCCCUGGAGGAUGACGAUACCUUCGAGGACGGUCUGCUGGUGGAGGAGCUCUCCCUGUGCGGCUCUGCCCAGCACUUCUCCCAUAGCGGGCUGCGGGUGGUGGAGCACCGGUGCGAGGGCAGCCCCGGCCGCAGCCCCAAGGCCAGCAGAGAGGACAAGCCGCAGGAUGCCUCCUCCUCCUCCAGGCCUCAGCACAUCGCUUGCAGUACUUUGCACACGAGAGAUGGUUGUCCCGUCCCGCCGGGGGAUCAGCCCGCGGACUGCGGGGAGAACGGGGAGCGGGCGAGUGGCCACAACCUACUUGACUUUGAUUUGCACAAUAUUGCACAAACGUCCCAGCUGGACUCUGGUGGGAGGAGAGAAAAGCCAGGGAGCAGCCCUGCUCAGAGCAGCAGGGCUAGCGGAGGAGAGGAAUGGCCAGUGGCGGCCAACGGGUGCAAGGAGCCCCCGGCUCCGCAGACAGUGCUCAGCCCCGAGCCUGGCAGCCUGAGCUCCCUGGAGAAGACGCCUUGCGGGAGCAGCCGGGUCAGCGGCAGCAGCUGCCCGGCCAAAAGGAAGCUGCUGCCCGCUGGUGAGGUUGUGGCCGACUCCUGCUCCGAGGACGAGAGCCUGUCCUCACCGGCGAGGAAGAAGAGGGCCCUGCCGUGCCACCCGGUGCCCACAGCCUGCCGCAGCACCGACGCCAAGGGGGCCCCUUUCUGGAAUCACCUGCUCCCUGCCGCCAAGAGCUCUGCAGAUUGCACUGCGGUCGGGAGGAGGCUGAAGAGCGGGCUGCGCCUCAAAUCGCGACAUCUCCGGAGCAGCCUCCGGAGGGGAACCCGCUCCUCUGCAGCACCCUGGGCCACCACCACCGUCAGCCAUGCUCUGCUGGGCAACUUUGAGGAGUCCAUCCUGAAGGGGCGCUUUGCACCGUCAGGACGCAUCGAGGGGUUCACAGCAGAGAUUGGUGCCAGCGGCUCCUACUGCCCCCAGCAUGCCACUCUGCCUGUGGACGUCACCUACUUUGACAUCUCUGAACACAGCGCGCCCUCACCUUUCCUGGGAGUGAUUGACUUGGAGGCCUUGGGAAAGAAGGGUUACAGUGUCCCCAAAGCUGGAACCAUCCAAGUGACCUUAUUUAACCCCAACAAGACUGUGGUGAAGAUGUUCUUGGUGACGUACGACUUCCAGGACAUGCCGGCCAACCACAUGACCUUCCUGCGCCACCGCAUCUUCCUGGUGCCUGUGGGGGAGGAAGAAGGGGCCACUGUGGCCCCCAGCGAGCCACCGGGCACCAGCCCGCCCCGCAGGGUCCUCUGCUACCUGAUGCACCUGAGGUUUCACAGCUCCAAGUCGGGGAAGAUCUACCUUCACGACGACAUCCGGCUGCUUUUCUCCCGCAAGUCGAUCGAGGUCGACUCGGGGAUCCCCUACGAACUGAAAUCUUUCACGGAGAUGCCAAGGAACCCCUGCUACUCGCCCUGGGCCUGACCUUCUCCCUCGCCCCGGGGCUGCCGGGGAGCUCCCAGCCCGGUGCUUCGGGGAGAGAUGAGUAAAGGAGAGAUGAACCGCUGCCACCUCCAAGUGUCACCCUCUUCACCCACCCUGAUGUCAUGGCUGUGCCCCCCGCCAUCACCGAAGGGGCUUGACGAGGAGGGACGGGGACAGCCCCGGCACCCCAGGGACGUGCCCAGGGCUUUCGCUGGUGCUGCUCCGAGCUGGGAGGCACGGCUGGAGGCGAGGGGGGAGGCUGCCUGUGCCCGUCCCUGGGGCACGAGCGGAAAGCGUGGAAAGUUUGUAUUUAUUAGUAUUUAUUGUCACUGGGGGGGGUGGAGGAUCGAGGGCGCUGCUCUUCCCCUACAGGUGUGGGAUGAGGACCCGAACAGCGGGGGCUGCACCCCCAGCCCCAUGGGGCUGCCAGGGGACAGCGGGGGUGGCCGUGUCCCCCUGUGGAGGGAGCGGGCGGCCGAGUUGUCAGCGGGGGGGGGACUCUGUUAAAAGCUGGGGGGCUCUGUUAAAAGCCAGUGGCGAGGCUGAGACUCGCUGGGCGCCAUCUCGGUGGUGGCAGAAACAUCGGGGGGUGCGUGCUGGUGAAUCCCCUCACCCCUGCGGCUGGGGAAUGACAGAGGAAGGGGGCCAGACCCGGGCCAGCCUGGAGCAAGGGAGCCCCCCGCGGGUCGCAGUGUGUGUGGGGAGAUAAAUUUGGGGUGGGGGGAGAGACCGGGGGGGGGGGGGGGGCCGCCUCAGCAGCGAGCUGCCCCCCUGCCGGAGCGCCGCACCGGUACUUCUGUGUUGGGUUUUAUUUAAUAAACGUUUGGAGACCGAGCCCGGCCUCA